GCGAAGGUCCCCUUGUGCGGUUUCCCUCGGGCGUGGUCGAAGAUAUACUUAAGGAGAUGCAGAACCGAAAGGCCAUACUCAGGGACCGCCAGUUCCAGACAUUUCUCGACCAUGAGAUGAAGACGCCAAGGGAGUCGAUACCCUUGGACACCAUAACCACGCUGCAGUGCGUCAGCAACAAUCGCGUCACGGACACGGCGACCCACUUUUACUGCUUCGAGAUCACGACAUCUCAGCCGAAAAACGGAGGCAACGGCAACGGAGUAAGCGACAGCAUGUCCUCGAAUCCCAAUCUGGUGAUGACCAGCAGCUCGUCAGGGAACGUCAAGCAGCAGCGGGUUUCCCAUCUGUAUGGCGUGGGCAAGGAGUCCGAGAGGGGCGUCUGGAUGCAGAAGAUCCUUGAGAGUCUCACCAACAGUAUGCCUGUCAAGUACACAUGCCACUAUUACCGCGCGGGCUGGUGCUACCUAAAAAACUCUAUCACGUCAGAGUGGAGUGGCACCUGGUUGGUGCUUCGCAAGAGCCAGCGACGUCUCAUCUUCGUGAGCGAGGCCACUGGGAAUGUGGAGAAAAUGGACUUGCGCAAGGCGCGAUGCAUAGUGCUCAAGGAGAGUGACGAGUCCAUCGACAACCUGCACGUGGGGAUCGGGCCAAUGCUGAUGAUUGACUGUCCGCCGUAUGCUGUCUACAUGAUCAUGAGCUCGGCACGAGAGACAAAGAUCUGGCGUCACAUCAUUCGGGAAGUGGCACACAACAACGGCUUUUCGCUGGGGGAUCAGCAGUUGACGCGGUACGAUGUGCCCGUGAUAGUGGAUAAGUGCAUUAACUUUGUGUACAUCCACGGGUCCAUGUCGGAGGGGAUCUAUCGCAAAUCAGGCUCGGAGAACUCCAUGCACAAGCUGAUGAGCGCCUUCCGAGCGGAUGCCUUUAAUGUGGAGAUCACCCGAAACGAGUACAAUGAGCACGACGUAGCCAAUGUCCUCAAGCGGUUCAUGAGAGACUUGCCCGAGCGCCUCCUGGGCAAGCUAACCGACAGCUUCGUCUUCGUCACCGAGCUGAAUUUGGCCGCCGAGAAGAUUCCCAUCUAUCGUGAGCUCCUCGCUCGCCUCUCGCCCAUCGAGCAUGAGACCUUGCGCCGGAUCGUGGGCCACCUGGUGUUCAUUAGCUCGCAGCAGACCAAGAACAAGAUGAGCGUUCAGAAUCUAACCAUGAUCUGGGGCCCAACGCUGCUGGCCAAGAAGAGCGAUGAGCUAAUCUACUCUCAGAAAGAGGCCGAUGUUCUCAGCGAUCUCAUUCUUCUGUACAAGAACCUAUUCCCCGUCAGUGCCGAUGAAAUUAAACGGGAGCAGGACAUGCUGGCAUGCCUGCAAAAGUAUUACGCUGCCGCCGAGACGCUCAAAGAUGCGGUCAAGCAGUCGGGGGACAUAAAGAUCUGGAUCAGCCUGAAUCCGAAUCCAGACAACAUCACAGAGGAAAAGAUGCAGGUGAACGCCACGAUUUCACCCACCAAAACCGCCUACGAGCUAUGUCGGGAAUAUUCCGUCAAAAUGCAACUACCAACCCAUCAACUGACGCUCUACGAGGUGAUACUGAACGGCAGCCUGGAGCGGCCCCUGCACCAUGACACAAAAGUGUUCGACGUGAUCCUUAACUGGUCGUACUGGCCGGAGGAAGAUCGCAAGCACAACUAUCUGAUGGUGCGGCCCAUUGAGAUGCUGCGCGAAAUACAGCGGGCGAUCAAGAAUCUGGCCACAGUGACGCCCGGCAAGGAGCUGCGCUUCGCCGACAAUCGCACCAAGACGUUCAAAUCUCUACAGUGCGAGCUGCGCGACGGCAAGAUUGUUAUUUCCAAGAAGGACAAAAACGACAAGACAACUAUUAUCAGGGAGAUAUUUCUGCAGAGCUGUACGGCGUAUGUUGGCUGUGAGCGCAAACGAGACUUUCCAUGGAGCUGGGCCAUCACUUUUGUCGAGCGCACCCAGGCACAGAUAAUGAGAUCGCGAGAUGCUCCCUACAUUGGCCAUGUUCUGGCCGGCAGCGAGUGGGUGGAUCGUACCAUUUGGUAUUCGAGCAUCUGGUAUUGCCUCUACGGUGACAAUAUUUUACCACCAGCUGAGAUCAUCCUCAAGUAAAGGAAGAUCUGAUCAGCCCUAAACCAUAUUUUUGUCUCUCUGUUGCAUUUCUUUAGUUAUUAUGUACAUACAUAGAUACUCUGAAUUUAUAUGAAAUAUGAUUAAUUUACGAUCCGAUUUUCACCAUCGUUGCACCCCGCCCCCUAACUUUUCGAAGUUUUUUUUUCCUAAACAUAAAAUGUCGAAUAGCUUGGAAAACAAUCUACAUAGUAAAUAAUACUAUCAUACUAAUGAUCCACAUUAUCUGUACAUAAUCAUAAUCGCCUAAAACCAAAAUUGUACAUUACCAUAAAAACAUUAUUUUUACUUCUUUGCAUAUGUAUGUAUAACUGAGUGUUCGAUACAGUCUAAGUAUCGAAAUUACUUUCUGACUACAUAUACUUUUGGCUACAUAAAGCCAAACAGGCAAUAUUUUCAUAUUUUUAAUAUCAUUUAUUAUAUAUUUAUAUAUAUACUUGUUUUAAUGGGGUCUGCGAUUAUAUACAGUACAUACAAAUAUUUUGUACCCAUUCAUUUUAGAAUCAACACAAUCCAGAAAAGGAAAUGUUGAAUGAAAA